AUGACAAGUGCAUGCAUUCUAAGCCAUGACAACGCCUUAAUCCUUAUUGAAUUUGAGAUUAUACUUGAAGAGGGAAGUUCAAACGUUGCCAUCAUCAAGAAAAUUGUUCUUGUCACUCAAUUCUUGCAAUUGAAAUCCGCGGCCAAGCCAACUAAUAAGGAAAGUUUGCGCGCAACUUUGAAGAAUGCUUCACUAGAGCUCGCUCUAAACAUUGAUGUCAAACAACUCAAAAAUCACAAGCUAGUUGCUGGAAAUCUAUUCCAAAGAUUUUCGAGUGGAAUCUUAGAAUCUAAGUCUCUUAAAGAUACACCAGUAGUGAUCAUGUCCUCAGAGAACAUCUCAUCAAGGAUCAACAGAUGCUUGGAAGAAGGAGCAGAAGAGUUCUUUUUGAAACCAGUUCAAUUAUCUGAUGUGAAUAAGCUCAAACCCCAUUUGUUGAAGGGAAGAGACAAGGAAUCAGAGCCCCAGCAUCAACAAGAGAAAGGGCAUAGAAGAAUGCCACUCACAUGA